AUGGCAACAAUAACAAACUUACCAGCUCACACAUCAAAUGCUGCCGCUUCAGCUGCAGCAGAAAAUAAAAUAAAUUUUACAAUAAUUAAUAAAACUUUAACGAAAAUGGAAAAAUACAGUGUACUUAAAACAAAUCAAACGAAAAUGUCAAUUAGUGUAAACGAUACAUUAAAUAUUUUACAAAGUGAAAAGCAAUAUGAAGCAAUUUUAAAUACAACAAAUAUUAAACGAAAACCAAAAACAGAAAACCCAAACAACCGUCCUGUAAAUACAGAGUUUAUAAAUCAAGUUAACAAAACGAAAAACAUAACAACUUUGAAUUCUUUUGAAAAAGAAAAUAAAAAACUACAGCAACACCAAAUUGCAUUUAAAAGUAAAUUCAAAUCAACGUCAUCAUCACAAUCAGCAUCAUCAACAACAUCGACAAAAAUCAAUGACAAUCAUUUUACUUCCUAUUCCUUUUUAACUUCUCCACCUACACCCAGUAAACAUUCUUUAUCGCACCCACGCCUACGACGCUAUUCCAAACACAAAUUUUACUCAAACUCUUCAACGUCCAACAAUUCCUCUUCCCUGCCUGUGUCGCUGGGUUUGUGGCAGCAACAAUAUUUAAAAGUUAAUCAAGUGUUUGAAAAUGAACGUGUUUCAAGUCGCAAUAGCAAUUUGCAACAAAAUCGUGGCAAAAUUGUUUUGCUGGGUCUCUUUGAACUUUCAACGAAAACAGGUCCACGUCCGGAGGGUUUAAGUGAAUUGAUCGCUGCCCAAAUGGCUGUGGAGCAUAUAAAUAGUAAGAAAUUAUUACCGGGCUAUACGCUGGAGCUGAUGACGAAUGAUACACAGUGUGAUCCUGGUGUUGGUGUCGAUCGUUUCUUUCAUGCCAUUUACACUCAACCCUCUACCCGAAUGGUAAUGCUGCUGGGCUCUGCCUGUUCGGAAGUCACCGAAAGUUUAGCGAAAGUGGUGCCCUAUUGGAAUAUAGUACAAGUAUCUUUUGGUUCUACCUCACCCGCCCUAAGUGAUCGCCAAGAGUUUCCCUACUUCUAUAGGACAGUGGCGCCCGACUCAUCACACAAUCCCGCCAGAAUAGCAUUUAUAAGACGUUUUGCCUGGGAUACGGUGACGACAUUUUCGCAAAACGAAGAAAUACAUUCGUUGGCCGUUAAUGAUUUGGUCACUGAACUGGAGGCAGCAAAUAUAUCGUGUGCGGCCACUAUAACAUUUGGUGGCACCGAUUACAAGGAACAAUUACUGCUAUUACGUGAAAGUGAUACACGUAUUAUAAUUGGUAGUUUUUCUCCUGCUCUGGCUCCAUUGAUCUUAUGUGAGGCUUAUCGUUUGCGCAUGUUUGGUGCCGAUUAUGCUUGGAUUUUGCAUGAAAGCAUGGGUGCACCUUGGUGGCAUGAUCUGUCUGGUACGGGUUCAUAUUGCUCACAGUCGGAGUUGCAGGCAGCUGUUGAGAAUUUAAUCAUUGUUUCCAGUCACAAUAGUAUUGUGGGCAAUAAUAGAAGCUUCAGUGGUUUGAAUAAUGACAUGUUUUACAUGCAAUUAAACAAACAAUCGGAAAAAUUUCAACAAAAUUUUAACAAUCCCAAUGAUUAUAACAAAGAACAGCAAAAACAACGUAAAACUCGUGCCACAACAAGUGGCAGCAGCUACAGCUACAGAAAUCGCAAAAAUGUUAAAACAAACCACGAAACCACAAAAAGUGUAAAAACAAGAGCAGCCAACAAGAGCAAAAGGAGCAUUAAUGACAUGGUUACUUCUGCAUUAACCAGCUUCACAACAGCAACAGCAUCCUCCACAUCGGCAAUGGAAACCUCUUCGGAUACUUCGACUACAGCAGCUGUGGUUUCCCGUUAUGCUCCUCAAACGUAUGAUGCUGUUUGGGCCAUAGCUUUAUCGCUGCGUGGCGCCGAAGAACGUUGGCGCAAGGAUGCCAUGCAACAAUCAAAAUUAGAUCGUUUCGAUUACACACGUAGUGAUAUGGCCAGCGAAUUUCUACAACAAAUGGGAAAAUUGGAUUUUCUGGGUGUUUCGGGUCCUGUUUCAUUUAGUGGUCCUGAUCGCAUUGGCACCACUGCCUUCUAUCAAAUACAAAAUGGUCAACUCGAGCCAAUUGCCUUAUAUUAUCCAGCCGCCAAUGCAUUAGACUUUCAGUGUCCACACUGCAAACAUGUUAAAUGGCAUGGUGGUCAGGUGCCAAUAGCAAAAAGGGUUUUCAAAGUACGUGUAGCCACAAUCGCACCUUUGGCAUUUUACACAAUUGCCACACUGGCGUCCGUGGGUAUAGCGAUGGCAUUGGCAUUUCUGGCAUUUAACCUGCAUUUUAGAAAAUUAAAAGCCAUUAAAUUGUCAAGUCCAAAAUUAAGUAACAUCACUGCUGUGGGUUGUAUUUUUGUCUAUACUGCCGUCAUUCUGUUGGGUUUGGAUUAUUCUACUCUGCCUUCACAUGAGGAUUCUUUUGCCACUAUUUGCACGGCACGAGUUUAUUUGCUGUCAGCUGGGUUCUCAUUGGCCUUUGGUUCGAUGUUUGCCAAAACAUAUCGUGUUCAUCGUAUUUUCACACGCACCGGCAGUGUUUUCAAGGAUAAAAUGCUACAGGAUAUUCAACUUAUUUUAUUGGUGUGCGGCCUGUUGCUGGUCGAUGGUCUGGUUGUCACCUUAUGGGUUGUCACUGAUCCCAUGGAACGGCAUUUGCAUAAUUUAACAUUGGAAAUCAGCAAUAUAGAUCGAAGUGUCGUCUAUCAGCCGCAGGUUGAAGUCUGUCGUUCACAACACACACAAACCUGGCUGGGAGCUUUGUACAGCUAUAAGGGUCUUUUGCUUGUUGUUGGCGUUUAUAUGGCCUGGGAAACACGUCACGUGAAAAUACCAGCUCUCAAUGACUCACAAUACAUUGGAGUGUCAGUGUACAGCGUUGUCAUAACAAGUGGCAUUGUAGUGGUUUUGGCAAAUCUUAUAUCCGAACGUGUUACAUUGGCUUUCAUAACGAUAACAGCAUUAAUACUCACCUCAACAACAGCCACUUUAUGUUUGCUUUUCAUACCCAAGCUGCACGAUAUAUGGGCAAGAAAUGAUGUUAUUGAUCCUGUUAUCCAUAGCAUGGGUUUGAAAAUGGAGUGUAAUACCCGUAGAUUUGUUUUAGAUGACAGACGAGAGUUGCAGUAUAGAGUAGAGGUACAAAAUCGUGUGUACAAAAAGGAGAUAGCCAAUUUAGAUGCUGAAAUUAAAAAGCUGGAAAGAAUGCUGGAAUCAGGUACAGCAUCAACAACUACUUCCUCUUCCACUUCCAUAUUUGCGGCAUUAAAGCCCGAAGUUACCUUUACCAGCGAUACUUUCACCCACCUGCCUGCUCCCAGUCAUGGCAGUAAAUCACGCACACCCAGCAUAUCUGGUAUAUUACCAAAUCUUCUGCUGUCUGUACUCCCACCUGUCAUACCCAGAGCUAGUUGGCCUUCGGCCGAGUACAUGCAAAUACCCAUGAGAAAAUCGGUAACAUUUGCUUCCCAACCUCAUCUGGAAGAUCGUACUAUAGCCGAAGCUUGUUUGCCAGCCCAAGAUCUCUUCAAUCUGCGUUUAGCCCACCAACAUGCCACCGAAGCUAAAACCGGGUUAAUCAACCGAAUACGUGGUAUUUUCACACGCACACAAUCUAGUAAUAAGGGUUCCAUAGCCAGCCUGGCAGAUCAAAAGGGUAUUAAGGCAGCUCUAAAGACCCAUAUGGGUCUUUUUACACGACUCAUACCCUCCUCACAGACAGCCUCCUGUAAUGCCAUCUAUAGUGAAAGAGAUUUAGGUCUUCAUCAGACGGCAGACAACAAUCUGAAACCGCUCAAACGUAAGUCAUUAGCCAAAAGUGGCACUCAUUUAGAUGUAACACCCAUAGAUCCCAAUUUCCUACCCAUACCCACCAUAUCAGCUGAAACUAUAGAUAUAGCUCAUCAGCAGGUAGAACGUAAGUAUAUUCUAGAACCAGAAACUAAAGUAAAUUUUCAAUUACCCACCAAUCGUAGACCCUCAAUAGCUCAAAUACAUCCCUCGCUAAGGGAAAGAGUUAAAGGUUCUCCUAGAUUUCCUCAUAGAGUUUUACCAAUUGCCAGUAGUUUAAGUGCUUUAGAGGAAACAAAUGAUCGUUCAGCACCGAAAGGUAGAAUGUCCCUUAAACGUGCUUCUAUAGUGGGCAAUUGGAAAUCGAUGGAGGUAUCAUCGGGUACUAGAUUUUCUCUAACAGAUUCGAAAGAUGAUGUUUGUAAAACGGAAAAUAUCACAGUGGAAAUUAAUGAUAAGGGGAAGGAGGAUAUUAUUACGGUAGAAAUAACGCAUGCAAAUGAGGAUUAG